CCGCCUUGGGGGCGGGGAAGAACCCGGAUGGAACCGCCCCUGCAGCCGGGACCCCCUACAGUCUUUGAAUCCCUGCGUGGGGCGGAGUUGCCCUCCUUUCUGUGCUCUGAUUGGUUCAUUUUCCUAGGCCCCUUCCUCGCGAUUGGACUUUGCCAAUGUCAGUCACGAAGCGUCGCUGGUCUCUCAGAUUGUUGCUAGAAGGCGACGGCGUCGACGUUUGACUAGCCUCGCGUCUUCCAGUCGUGCGCUUUUCCUCAGGCGCUCGGAAUCUGCCCUGGGCUUCUCGGCUGUGGGGCCUGUAGGGAGGCGUAUCGAGGCGGCUCGAGAGCGAUUUGGGGCGCCCAGGCGUUCCGCUCGUCAUCCGCUCAGCGCCAUGUCCUGGAUGUUCAAGAGAGAUCCUGUUUGGAAGUACUUGCAGACUGUCCAAUACGGAGCCCAUGGAAAUUUUCCACGCCUCUCAUAUCCAACUUUCUUUCCCCGUUUUGAAUUCCAAGAUAUUAUACCUCCAGACGAUUUCCUAACUAGUGAUGAAGAGCUAGAUUCAGUUUUAUUUGGAACUUUGAGAGGUCAUGUAGUUGGACUACGCUAUUACACAGGAGUAGUUAAUAAUAAUGAAAUGGUUGCAUUACAACGGGAACCCAAUAACCCCUAUGAUAAGAAUGCAGUUAAAGUAAACAAUGUGAAUGGAAAUCAGGUUGGCCAUUUAAAGAAAGAUCUAGCAGCUGCUUUGGCCUAUAUCAUGGACAACAAAUUGGCACAAAUUGAAGGGGUCGUUCCUUUUGGUGCAAACAAUGCUUUUACCAUGCCUCUCCAUAUGACUUUUUGGGGAAAAGAAGAAAAUAGGAAAGCGGUUUUAGAUCAGUUAAAGAAACAUGGAUUUAAAUUGGGUCCUGCACCAAAAACUUUAGGAUUCAGUUUAGAAAGUAGUUGGGGCUCUGGAAGAGCUGGACCAAGCUAUAGUAUGCCAGUUCAUGCUGCAGUACAGAUGACAACUGAACAGCUUAAAACAGAAUUUGACAAAUUGUUUGAAGAUUUAAAAGAAGAUGAUAAAACUCAUGAAAUGGAGCCAGCUGAGGCUGUUGAAACACCAUUGCUUCCACAUCAAAAACAAGCUCUAGCUUGGAUGGUUUCACGGGAAAACAGUAAAGACCUUCCACCGUUUUGGGAACAGCGAAGUGACUUCUACUACAACACAAUAACAAAUUUUUCUGAGAAGGAUCGACCAGAAAAUGUCCAUGGAGGAAUUUUAGCUGAUGAUAUGGGUUUGGGCAAAACUUUGACAGCCAUUGCAGUAAUUCUUACCAACUUCCAUGAUGGCAAACCUCUUCCUGUUGAGAGAAUUAAAAAAAGUCAACUGAAGAAGGAGUGUAAUGUUAACGAUCAAACUAUGAAACUUGGAGGAAAUACCAGUGAAAAGGCAGAUGGACUAAUCAAAGGAUCUAGAUGUAGUGGAGAACCCAGUAUUUCAGAUGUCAAGGGAAAGAAUAAAUAUCCCAAGUCAGAAUUGUCUAGCUCCCGCCCCAAAAGAAGAAAAACUGUUGUCCAGUAUAUUGAAAGCAGUGAUUCAGAAGAAAUUGAAACAAAUGAAUUGCCACAGAAAAUGAAAGGCAAACUGAAAAAUUCACAGUCUGAGACUAAAAGAGUAAAAGCAGGAUCUUCUAAGGUUAAAGAAGAUGCAGAAUUUGCAUGUGCACUUAUUUCAUCUACCCCUGCAACAAAAAGGAGAAUGUUGAAAAAAGGAGCAUCUGCAGUAGAGAGUUCAAAGAAAACUGAUGUUGAAGAGAGACCAAGAACAACACUGAUCAUCUGUCCACUUUCUGUGUUAAGCAACUGGAUUGAUCAAUUUGGACAACAUAUAAAAUCAGAUGUGCACUUGAAUUUUUAUGUUUAUUAUGGUCCUGACCGUAUAAGAGACCCAACCUUGCUUUCAAAACAAGAUAUUGUUUUGACUACAUACAACAUUUUAACUCAUGACUAUGGAACUAAAGGUGAUAGUCCAUUACAUAGCAUAAGGUGGCUAAGAGUGAUCCUGGAUGAAGGACAUGCGAUAAGAAAUCCAAAUGCUCAGCAGACAAAAGCUGUACUUGAUUUAGAAGCAGAGAGAAGAUGGGUAUUAACAGGUACUCCGAUUCAGAAUUCUUUGAAGGAUUUGUGGUCUCUUCUUUCCUUUUUAAAACUUAAGCCAUUUCUUGAUAGAGAAUGGUGGCAUAGAACAAUACAGCGUCCUGUCACAAUGGGAGAUGAAGGGGGACUUAGGCGUUUACAAUCCCUAAUUAAAAAUAUUACUCUUAGAAGAACAAAGACCAGCAAAAUUAAAGGAAAACCUGUUUUGGAGUUACCAGAACGUAAAGUAUUUAUUCAGCACAUUACACUUUCAGAUGAAGAGAGAAAAAUUUAUCAGUCUGUAAAAAAUGAAGGCAGAGCUACUAUUGGAAGGUAUUUUAAUGAAGGGACUGUCCUUGCACACUAUGCAGAUGUCCUGGGUCUUUUGCUUAGAUUGCGGCAGAUUUGUUGUCAUACUCAUCUUCUUACGAAUGCAGUGUCUUCCAGUGGUCCCUCAGCCUUUUCUCUAGGAAAUGAUACACCUGAAGAACUACGAAAGAAGUUAAUAAGGAAGAUGAAGUUAAUUCUGAGCUCAGGUUCUGAUGAAGAAUGUGCAAUUUGCUUGGAUUCUUUAACGGUUCCUGUCAUAACACAUUGUGCACAUGUCUUUUGUAAGCCCUGUAUUUGCCAAGUCAUUCAGAACGAGCAGCCACAUGCUAAAUGUCCUUUAUGCAGAAAUGAUAUACAUGGAGACAAUUUAUUAGAAUGUCCUCCAGAAGAAUUGGCAUGUGACACUGAAAAAAAGUCUAAUAUGGAAUGGACAUCCAGUUCAAAGAUUAAUGCACUAAUGCAUGCAUUGAUUGACUUAAGAAAGAAGAACCCCAACAUAAAAAGUUUAGUUGUUUCUCAGUUUACAACAUUCCUGUCUUUAAUAGAAACACCACUCAGAGCCUCUGGAUUUGUGUUUACUCGUUUGGAUGGUUCUAUGGCACAGAAGAAAAGAGUUGAAUCAAUUCAGUGUUUUCAAAACACUGAAGCAGGAUCUCCAACUAUAAUGCUUCUAUCUUUGAAAGCAGGUGGAGUUGGUUUAAAUCUUUCUGCAGCUUCUCGCGUGUUUUUAAUGGAUCCAGCCUGGAAUCCAGCUGCUGAAGAUCAGUGCUUUGACAGAUGCCAUAGACUUGGCCAGAAGCAAGAAGUUAUCAUCACAAAAUUCAUUGUGAAGGAUUCUGUUGAAGAAAAUAUGCUGAAAAUACAAAACACAAAGAGAGAACUUGCUGCUGGAGCCUUUGGAACUAAAAAAACAAAUGCUAAUGAAAUGAAACAAGCUAAAAUUAAUGAGAUCAGAACUUUAAUUGAUUUAUAAUUUGUGGGAUUUUGGUAAGGUCAGUUUGAUUAGAUAUAUACAGAAAUUUUGGAAAUGAGAAAAUACAGAGUUUUAGAAAUGAGAUCUAGAGAGUAUGUCUUCUAAAAGGAGCAUAUCGUUUUAUAUUAGUAAAGUAUGAUCUCUUCUAUAUAUGAACCUAUUUUUAAUAUUUCAAAUAGCAAUAAGUUCUGUUACAUACUGUGGCCUCAAUUUUUUGAGAAAAAAAGUUACUUUUUCAAUUUUUCAUAGUACCUUUGCUGAGUAUUUUCAUAGAUCUUUCAAGUACUCAGCUUUUUCGUAUUUCAAAUAAGGUCAAACCUUUUAUACUUUUGACUGAAUAAAGAGUUAUUUUCUGUGUUGGACAUACUUCGUUAGUCACUAGAGCUUCCCAUUUGUGAUGCUAUAUAGAUUCACAGUCCCUGUAAACGAUUAGUAUGUAUAGACUAUAUACAAGAGAUUUUAUUACUUUGAAAAACCUAUUUACAUUCCAGAAUCAAACCUUAAAUGAGAGACCCAAUUCCAGGUUAGCAAGUUACUUACAGGUUUUUUUUGACAGUUUGAGAUACAAUUCACAUUGGUGACUUGCAGUUUUAUGUUUAUGAAAAUAUUAGGGACUGUGUUAGAACACUUUUUCUCCAUUUUAGUCCAGUUAGUACUAUUGUUGUUUAAAUGUAAUUUGAUGUGUUAGUGUGUAAAUACAGUCUGUGGGGGUGAGAAGUAACCAAUUCUACCCAGUUUGAUUUGAAUACUUAAAUUAUGGCAUUGCUGAAUAGAUAUUUCUAUAUGUAUAAUUUUUAUUUAUGUAGCUUUUUUUAAAAAAAUAACUUUAUAAAUUUUUAUAAUUCAGAAGACUACUAUAUGUGAGAGGCGUGAUAUCUGGAUGGAAGUUGGGCUGGAUGACCUCCAAAAUCGUUUCAACUCUUAAAGACAUCUUAAUCCUGAAUGGAAAAAUUUCUUUGUUACUGUGUUUAGAAUCAGACUUUGAUUUUGGAACUUCAGUAAUUCAUCCUUACAUUUAUCUAUAAAAUUAGUCCUCUUUUUCUUCCUUUUUGUUAAUAAGCAGACUCACAGUAGUUGCCAUGGCAUUCUAGAGGACUCUGAGUCACAUUUAAAACAAGCUCUACAUUUGGCAAUCACAUUAGUCAGUAGUGUUUUUCCUUAAAAGAAACUUUGUUCCAGAGACAGAUUAAUUACUGUAACAGAAGCUUCUGUUUGACGAUACAGACUUAAGAACACCAUAUAGUUUAUAGUGUUAAGAAAUGACUUAAAGAGGAUCUUGGAGGCAGUGUUGUGUUCCAGGGCAUACAUCUAGAUAUGUGCUAAACCCAUCAACAGCUAAAUUCUCCCCUCCCUGUGUUGUCUCUUGCUCCAAGGGCAGCAAGAAUCUUUCCAGUCUCUUUUCUCUUUGGCAUCAGGUAAGGCAGAGGGCUGGUUAAAAGAUCAACAGACUUUUCUGCACAGAUAAGAGUGGAAUAAUAACUUCGGGUUAGUCCCCUGGCAUUAGGAGCAAUGGGGAAUUUCUGUACCUUGUAGAACUAGCAUUACACAAAAUCAGGUUGAUCAGAAUCUGAUGAAAUACAGUAUGUGGAUUUCUAAGUGCCAACACACUUGUGAGAUUUAAGUACAAAAAGUUUUCAACAAAAAAGACAUAAUCUACUCUUCUUGCUUUAUAAAGGCAGAGCCUUGCAAACAUAAAAGUGAAGAUUUUGCUUGCUUCUUUACCCAUUUAUAGACUUGUUUUAAAACUCAUAAUGAUAAAUUUGGCAAGUCAUUUAAAAAAUAUCUUUUUUGUGAAGUCCUAUUAAGUGGUGUUAAAAAAUUUAAUUCUGCCUAAGAAAAUCUAUAAACUACCGGAAUGAAAAGUUCAUAUUAUGCAAUGCUGUUUCAUCAUUAUGUAGAAUAAUAGCUUUAGAAAUAUCUUGAACACACUGUAUUCCCACUUGUGGUUCAAACUGAAUUUUGUGGUUCAAAUUGGAUUUUGUUUUGAAUUUGAAAUCAAUAAAAGUUUUAAAAAUUGGCUUCAAUGCCAUAAUUUUGGUGACUUUUUCUCUGAAGAAAAUUUAUCUCAUGCUGUGAAGAUACCUAUAUUACACAAUUGUGUUUUUU